AUGGCCCCCUGCCGUCCCCGCCUCGUCGCCACAACCACUCGCCAGUUCACCUUCCUCCUCUCCGCGGGAGCAACGGCCGCUGCGGGAUUCCGCUCGCGCACAAUGAUGCGGCGCCCGCAUCUCCCCGUAGUUUUGCCGACGCGAAGAGCCGCCCCGCUUCUCUGUUCACCCGGAUGCGGUAUCCGCUGGAGAUGGAUGCGGCCGGCCUGGGAGGAUUUUUCUGGACCAACAGUUCUUUGCGGCUGGGAUACGGGCGCCGCUGGAGAUGGUCUUACUUUCCGCGAGGAAGAGCCAGGAAGCAGGGGAGCGGAAUUGGCGGCGGGCGGAGGCGGCGGGUACCGUGUGGAGGACGACUACCUGUUCAAGGUGGUGCUCAUCGGCGACUCCGGCGUGGGAAAGUCCAACCUGCUGUCGCGGUUCACCAAGAACGAGUUCUGCCUCGAGUCCAAGUCCACCAUCGGAGUUGAGUUUGCCACCCGCAGCCUCCAGGUCGACGGCAAGGUCGUCAAGGCCCAGAUUUGGGACACCGCCGGCCAGGAGAGGUAUCGUGCUAUUACCAGUGCCUAUUAUCAAGGAGCAGUAGGUGCGCUGCUUGUCUAUGACGUCACUCGUCGCACUACGUUUGACAAUGUGGAGCGCUGGCUCAAAGAGCUGAGAGACCACACUGAUCCUAGCAGUGUUGUCAUGCUAAUUGGCAACAAAUCCGAUCUCCGACACUUGGUGGCUGUUUCAACUGAAGAUGGGAAGGAGUUUGCUGAGGCUGUGUCACUGUACUUCAUGGAAACAUCUGCAUUAGACGCAACCAAUGUAGACAGUGCUUUUUCAGAAGUUUUGACUCAGAUAUACCAAAUUGUGAGCAGGAGGACAGUGGAUGCAGCGGAGGAUGGCGCAGCUGCCCCAAGCAAAGGGGAGAAAAUAAACGUGAAGGAUGAUGUCUCUGCACUGAAGAGAGUUGGCUGUUGCUCAAAUUAGGAUAGAGAAUUAGAUAUGCUGUGGUGAUUUUCAUCUAGGUGUGUGAUACUGGUUCAGCUUCAACAGAUUUAUUCAUUCUAUUUUGCUGUGGUGAUUUUCUAGGGUUAGAUUAAUUUGGCUCUGGCUUAACCCAUCACUUGUAAAUUGAAAUUGUUUGCUCAAGCAUGCCUUUUGUGGGAGUGAUU